CGGCGGCGGCACCCGGGGGGGCGGGAGCGAGGUCUGCUGAAAAUGACAGAGUAUAAGCUUGUGGUCGUUGGAGCUGGAGGCGUAGGCAAGAGCGCUUUGACAAUUCAGCUCAUUCAGAAUCAUUUUGUGGACGAAUAUGACCCUACAAUAGAGGACUCCUACAGGAAACAAGUAGUAAUUGAUGGAGAGACGUGUCUCUUGGAUAUUCUCGACACCGCAGGUCAAGAGGAAUACAGUGCAAUGAGGGACCAGUACAUGAGGACAGGGGAGGGAUUUCUGUGUGUGUUUGCCAUAAAUAAUACUAAGUCAUUUGAAGAUAUUCACCAUUAUAGAGAACAGAUAAAAAGAGUUAAAGAUUCCGAAGAUGUCCCCAUGGUCUUAGUAGGAAACAAGUGCGAUUUGCCUUCCAGAACGGUAGAUACAAAACAAGCUCAGGAUUUAGCUAGAAGUUAUGGCAUCCCUUUCAUCGAAACCUCAGCAAAGACGAGACAGGGUGUGGACGACGCUUUCUACACAUUAGUUCGAGAAAUCCGGAAACAUAAAGAGAAGAUGAGCAAAGAUGGCAAAAAGAAGAAAAAGAAGUCCAAGACAAAGUGUAUAAUUAUGUAAAUACAAUUUGUACUUUUUUUCUUCAGGUCUCCUUAAGUAAAAAUGAUCCCUUUUUGUACAUUACACUAAAUUAUUAGCAUUCGUUUUUAGCAUUACUUAAUUUCCUUUCUGCUUCAUGGAACCUGUUUAGCUUUUUCUGAAUGCUUAUUUGAAAAUGACAGUGGAAAAUCUAUUCCUUUCAAGUGCCAGUAUUUUCUGAGUGUCGGUUCUUGAACUAGCAAUGCCUGUGAAAACGAAAUGGAAUACCUGAGACUUUCUCUUGGGAAUUUUUUUUUUUCCCUUUCCCUUUUUUUUUUCGUGGUGCAUGCCCCGUUGCUGAUUCUCUAUCUUUCUUACCAGUUGUGAAGUUGGGUGUAUAAACUGAUGGAGUUAGCCCCCUAUGAAUUCUCCAUCGACCUCUUGCUGUACUUCAUCGGUUCAGAUAAAUGGAUUGGUUCGGAAAAAAAAAAAAUGGUGCGGUCGAGACUUCCGUGUUUGUUUUCUGGGGUUCGUUUGAGAUCGGACGGCAGUAUCGAGAGACGACCGGAAACUCUUGUCUUCCCACAGACUUGCCUCUAGAUACCUAGUCCUGUCGAGUUCAGAUCAACUUUUAAUGACUGUAAAAUGAUAAUUUCUUCGAGAGGGCUUCCCCUCCCGCCACCGCAAUUUUGUUAUGCUCCUUCCUUGAAAAACCAAAAAACCCUCUAUUUUUUCUAUAAAAAGAGAAACCUUUUUUUUUAAAAAAAAAAAGGACAAGAAGCCAAGAAAACGAAUGACGGCCGAGAUGAAUAGCGUGUAGACCUUUUGAAGACUCCCAGGAGGCUUAGCUCUUUAAAAGCAGAUCCAGUGUGGCAGUGUGGUUUUAGAGGGCCGCACUUCGCGGACUGUGGACCGGAUCGGCCAAGGGUCCGGUCGGAGGCGGCCGAGCCUUUUAGCGACGCCACGUGGGUGCGUCGGAAUCGAGUUACAACCUCGGGUGCUUCGAGUGGCUCAAAGGAGCCUGAAACAUUUCCGACGCUAGAGACCUCACAGUCAAGGGUUUCGGUUCUAGCGUGUGGUAAAUAUUAACGAUAAAGCAAAGUAGUUGAUCUCAGAGUCUUGAGCUGAAUGAACUAAUCUUUAACCGUUUUAAACACUCUUUUAGGGGAAAACUUCAGCCUUUUUCACUUCUCCCUAAUCACUCGCAUCACCGAGUUAAAGCACCAGAAACAUCGUCUCAACUCCUCCCUCUCUCUCCCUUCUCCAUCUCUCUCCCUCCUUCCUCCCCUCACCCCCUCGUAUCAAGGAUAUAGUCUAUUUCCUUCAGCAAACUGGAAGGAUAUCAUUUGCUCUAAAAACCAGUAGUGUCUCAAAAGGGAUUUAUUUGUUCACAACCCUGUUUUUAAUCAAAUUUGCCCUUUAGCUCUGCAGUCCAUCUCUGAGGUUCAAAAACGGCGAAUUUAGCCCCUGCGUAUACUAACGUGUCUUAAGCUAACGUUUUGCGUUACCGUGGGUCGGCAGUAAUAAUGAGUGAGUUUCACCCACGUGAAAAUUAACCGACACAGCCGCGCCCCCCCCCGACCCCGAGCAGUCCCCCCGCGUCCGUCGGUCAAUCUUUACUCUUCCGAUUCAGACGCGAGGAACGAGAAAACGAUCCGGGUUCGGCCGCGUUGCGGCCAGGCAGCCACCCGCUACUUGCUAGAAAGCGGCGGAGGUUUCCAAAACGCCGCCCGCUACACUUGGAAUUGGCGGAGCGUCGUGUAGAGGGCCGGCUCCUCCCGUCGCCACACGGCGGAAAGAGAUGGCCGCACUCGAGCGUGGCGGAGGGAGAGAGAAAGGAAUGGAUGUCGGCCCUUGAAUUUUUCUUUCUGUGGGUAGCCGAGUCGUUUCUCUUUAAAUUUGAAAAGCGGCGGGGUCUCCAGACCGGUGGUUCUGCAGGGAGGGAGGACGAGAGAGGAAAUGGUAGCCUGAAAGUUUCAGUCGGACCCUCCCGGGGACCGCGGUUCUGGCUAGAACACCGUCAGCGGGGCUUCUGGGGGCCGGCCGCCCCCCGGGUUCUAGGAAGAAGGAGCGUCCUAAGGGGAGAAUUAACAAGACGGUCUCGGCCUCCGGGGCCGCCGCGCGUCUGGUGGUAGUUGGAAUUGGAACAAGUAAAACGAUGUCGAAAGAUCUCGGUUGAGCGAGGCACACCCGGAGCCCGGCCGCCGGGGUGGAGUCGCGUCCGCGUCGUCCGAUGGUCGUAGCGGUCGAGCGGCAGACGGCUCGGACCGCGGCGGUCUCGCCGCGUGGCGAGCUUCAGGACGAGCCCGUUCACGGCUCUCCUUUCUCUCCGGGCAACGCGGUCGAGUCACGGGACCACCCCAUUUCAUUCCCCCAGUUGGAGGAACGACGCCCCGCGGCAGCUUAACGACAACCGGCGGUCACCUUUAGAGCAGACGGAAAUCGAGUUGUCGGUUUGGGGGGGGGGGGGGGCGGGGUUUAACCGCCCUGAGUUCGAAUGCCGGCCGCUGGGGUUUCCCUCCGGAGAAAUCCACAGGCACGGACGAGGCGUAGAGCAAUUGUCGACCGGCCCGGGCCGGUGGGCGACCCGCGAGGUCGCCGUGAGUCUCAGCCCGGCCACGGGGAGUUUCGAUGGUUUCGAGGAACGGAGGGUGUCGAUUACGCUCACGGGACGUCCACUCCGGGCAAGGCGGCUCCCCGAAGCGACGGCGGGAGGCGGGGGGCCCCUCUGAAGACGGAUCCGAAAUGCCCUCAUUCCACUGUCCUGCGUUUUCAUGUUGAAAAUACUUCUUGCUUUUUCUUUCCACUUUUGAGUGCCAACUUCUUACUACUUACUAGAACGAUUUCUUAGUGAAACCUGUUUACCUGAAUGUAUUUUAACUAUUUUUGUAUAGCGUAAACGGAAACGUGCACAUUUUGUACAUUGUGUGCUCUUUUGGUUUCGUCGUCCGUGGGGCAUACGCAGUGUGAUCCAGUUCAACUCCACCAUUCGGUCGUGCCGAUUCGGGAACGUUGGUCACGCGCCGGAUCUUCAGCCGUCAGCGACCGCCGUUUUCAGUAAAAUUAACUUUUAAAUGUGUUACUGGGAGUACGUGCUGUGAAGUGAUCUGAAAUCUGUCCUAUUUUUGUCAUGAACUCUACUGCUCCUACUUAUCGUAAUGUAAUAAAAUUAGUUAUUGUGAAUCUGA